CUGCUCGUCACUCCAAUCUUCUGUUCUUUGCCUCCGUGCUGGCCCUGCUAGCCCCUCUUCUUGCUCUGGACAUUGAAAACCUGGAAAGAUUGAAAGUAAAUUUAGAUGAGAUCAUUAAUCUCCAUUCAGAUGACCCCCAUCCUGAUGAAGAUGGAGAGAACACGCAGCAGAGGAAAGACAGUGAUCGUCAGCAGAUGGAGCGCAGCAGUUUGCCCAAGGACUGCAGCGAGGUCUCCGCUGGCAGCCCCAGCGGCAUCUACGUCAUCCAGCCCACCGGGCUGCACCCCAUCGUGGUGUACUGCGAAAUGAACGUGACGGACGGGGGCUGGACGGUCAUCCAGAGGAACCGGCAGAGCACGGAGAUCACCUGGGCCGAGUCCUGGAGCACCUACAAGUACGGCUUUGGGAACGUGCACACUGAGUACUGGCUGGGCACUGAGUACAUCCAUCAGAUCUCCAGGCAGAAGGUCUACCAGGUCAGGUUUGUCGUCUGUGAUGCUGCAAACAACACCAAAUUUGCAGACUACAACCUCUUCAGUGUGGAAGAUGAGUCCCAGGGCUACCGGCUGAGGCUGGGAGCGUACUCGGGGACAGCGGAGGAUGCCAUGGCCUCAAACAGUGCUUCUACCGUGCACGACAACAUGAAGUUCUCCGCCAAAGAUCUGGAUCAGGACACUUACAGCGGGAACUGUGCCUCCAGCUACGGGGGCGGGUGGUGGUACUCGGCAUGUUAUGCUGUACGGCUCACCGUCAGGGGGGCCAUAAGGUGGGGCAGCCUGUGCAAUGGGAACUGCAAAGCCUCUGCCAUCCUCAUCAAACCUGCUCCCUACUGCUAG